UUCGUGAAUUCCGUUAAGGAUGUACAAAUGUUACAAACAAACCAAAAUUGCCGUACCAGAAAAUCCUAUUCAAGAAUUGAUCAAGGUCAACUGCCUCUUGAAAAACCUCGUUCAUUCCGGUCAAUUCACAGAAGCCCUCCAUCUCUUCCGACAAAGUCACUCAUCGCUCCACUUGAGACCUGACCACUACACUGUAUCAACUGCCCUCACCGCGUGUGCCAACUCCCACGAGACCCGAGUGGGCGACCAACUCCAUGCCCACUCAAUUCAAUCUGGGCUUAAAAGAUUUCCUCACGUUACCAACACUCUCCUCUCACUCUAUGCAAAAUCUUGCCACUUGGAUUCGGUUAAAAGGGUCUUCGAUGAAAUAAAGGAACCCGAUGUUUAUUCACGUACUACCUUGUUGUCUGCUUGUAUGAAGCUGGGCGAAGUUGACUAUGCCCGCCACGUGUUCGAUCAAAUGCCUCAAGGAAAUGUGGCGGUUUGGAAUGCGAUGAUCACAGGGUGCACCGGAAACGGGCAUGAUGAGGUUGCUUUUGACCUUUUCCCCAGUAUGCAUACCUUGGGUGUAAAAGCUGAUAAGUACACUUUCGCUAGCGUUUUAAGUUUAUGUUCUUUCGAGCACUUUGAUUUCGGAAGGCAAGUGCAUUCUUUAGUUUUAAAGACUGGAUUUACGAGGAGGGUGUCGGUUAUUAAUUCUUUGCUCACCAUGUAUUUUAAUUGUAUAAGUGUUGCGGAUGCUUAUGGUGUGUUUGAGGAAAUGGGAUUUGAAGUAGGAGACAGCAUAACUUAUAAUGCAAUUAUAGCUGGCUUAGUGAGCAUCGACAGAGACGAAGAAGCUCUGUUCAUUUUCAAAGAUAUGCAAACUGCCGGUCUAAAACCAACCGAACUGACUUUCGUGAGUAUUAUGGGAGCAUGUCUCUUCUCUAAAUUUGCUCGUCAAGUACACGGCCAAGCCAUAAAGAUGUGUUUUGAGGACUGUACUUCAGUGAACAAUGCAGCAAUUAGCAUGUACUCGAACUGUGGGGACAUAGAUUCAGCUCGUUUGGUUUUUAAUAGGUUACAAGAAAAGGAUAUCGUGUCAUGGAAUGCAAUAAUAGCAAGCUACGCGCAAGAGAAUUCGAGCCACGACGCCAUGCUGGCAUAUCUUCAGAUGCAAAGUAACGAAAUUGAGCCCGACGAAUUCACAAUCGGUAGCUUACUAGCAAGCUCGGACAUGGUCGAGGCAGUUGAGAUGAUUCAAGCAGUUGUCGUAAAAAAGGCCCUCAUCUCGAAAGUCGAAGUUUCAAAUGCAUUGCUUUCUGCUUUCUGCAAGAAUGGUGAAACCGAACAGGCAAGCAAGGUAUUCAGCGGUAUGGAGUCGAGGAACUUGAUAACGUGGAAUUCUAUGAUUUCUGGAUUUUUAUUAAACGGGUCCCCUUUUUGUGCUCUGCGCCAAUUUUCGACGUUAUUAGUACAAGGAUGGAGGCCAAAUCACUACACACUCAGCCUUGUUUUGAGCGUUUGUGCUAGCAUUUCGGAUCUACGGUACGGAAAACAGGUCCACGCGUACUUACUGAGAUUUGGGUAUUUCUUUCGUACUUUGCUAGGCAAUGCUCUCAUUGCAUUGUACUCUAAAUGUGGGGAUCUAACUUUGUCGUUGAGGGUUUUCGAAAAUAUGACAGAAAAGGAUUCUAUCUCAUGGAACUCGAUUAUCUCCGCCUACGCACAGCAUGGAGAAGGCAAAGAAGCUAUCCAAUGGUUUGAGGCUAUGCGAUAUUCGAGUGAAGUGACACCCGAUAAGGCCACUUUUACAGCAAUCCUUUCGGCUUGCAGCCGGUCGGGUUUAGUUUCCGAGGGUAUUCGCUUCUUCGAUUUAAUGGUCAACGGGUAUGGUAUUGACCCUGAAGUAGACCAUUUUUCUUGCAUAGUUGACCUUUUGGGCCGGGCCGGGUUUCUCGAUAUAGCAGCGGGCUUGAUGAAAGAUAGGGGGGUUGGUAUUGAACCGAGUGUGUGGUGGAGUUUGUUGAGUUCGUGCGCUGCUCACGGGCAUUUGCAGUUGGGUUGUAUAGCUGCGGAGUUUCUUAUUGAAACGGGAAAAGAUGAUCCUGCGUUUUACGUUGUUCUUUCGAAUCUUUAUGCUAAUGCAGGGAAAUGGGAGGAGUCUGCUAAAUUGAGGGAGUUGAUGAAGAAAUGUGGUGUGGUGAAACAACCUGGAAGCAGUUGGAUUGCAUCCUGACCUUUUCACAGGGUAUGUUUGUAAUUUUUCACGUAAGAGUUUUAUACCGAAUAUUCUACAAUUUUCACAUUUCCUAAGAAA